CGGGUCUUGGGGCACAUCUCCAAACAACUCGACGGGUCACCACCACUGCUACUUAGACUUAUCCAACCUUUCUAUACAAGAAACGUCUUCCGACCUCUUCUCAGCCUUGCAGUCUUCCAAAUUCCACUCGUUCAUUUGCUCUCCACAUUCACAAGAUGCCUGACAUUUCAGUCGAUGUCCUGGUCAUUGGCGCAGGGCCAACUGGCCUUGGUGCCGCCAAACGGCUCAACCAGAUUGACACAGCCUCGUGGCUGAUCGUUGACUCGAACGAAACUCCUGGUGGUCUGGCCUCGACCGAUGUCACCAAGGAGGGCUUUCUCUACGACGUCGGUGGCCACGUCAUCUUCUCCCACUACAAAUAUUUCGACGACUGCAUCGACGAGGCCCUCCCCAAAGAAGACGAUUGGUAUACACAUCAAAGAAUCUCCUAUGUCCGGUACAAGGAGCUCUGGGUGCCCUAUCCCUUCCAAAACAACAUUUCGAUCUUGCCCAAGGAAGAUCAGGUCAAAUGUAUCGAUGGAAUCAUAGAUGCUGCUCUGGAAGCAAGAGUCGCCAACACAAAGCCCAAAGAUUUUGACGAAUGGAUUGUUCGCAAUACCGGCAUCGGUGUCGCCGACAUCUUUAUGCGCCCAUACAACUUCAAGGUCUGGGCAGUUCCUACCACCAAGAUGCAAUGUCAAUGGCUGGGUGAGCGUGUGGCGGCCCCGGACGCCAAAUUGGUCACCAGGAACGUCAUUCUCAACAAAGUCGCCGGUAACUGGGGACCAAACGCAACCUUCAGAUUCCCCGCUCGCGACGGUACUGGAGGCAUUUGGAUCGCCGUCGCCAACACUCUCCCCGAGAAGAAGAAGCGCUUUGGAAAGAAAGGCACGGUCAAGAAAGUCGACGCAGACAAGAAAGAAGUCACACUAGAAGAUGGCACCACGGUGGGCUAUGAGAGACUGGUCAACACCAUGGCUGUCGAUGCGUUGGUCGAGGCCAUGGGAGACGACAAACUCAUCAAGUUGUCAAAAGGCCUAUUUUACAGCAGCACACAUGUCAUUGGUGUUGGUAUUCGUGGUACUCGUCCUGAGCGUAUCGGUGACAAGUGUUGGCUGUAUUUCCCAGAAGACAACUGUCCGUUCUACCGAGCAACCAUCUUCUCAAAUUACUCGCCAUACAACCAGCCGCAAAAGGAUGUCAAACUCCCGACUUUGCAACUUGCCAACGGAUCUCGAAGACAGAGCAUGAGCGCCAAGGAAGGUCCCUACUGGUCGAUCAUGCUUGAAGUGUCGGAGUCGAGCAUGAAGCCCGUCAACCGCGAAACACUGCUGAAGGAUUGCAUCCAGGGCCUUGUCAACACAGACAUGCUCAAACCAGAAGAUGAGAUUGUCUCCACAUAUCAUCGUUGCUUUGACCACGGGUAUCCAACACCUACCUUGGAGCGCGAGGGCGUACUGAAGGAGCUUCUCCCUGCUCUUCAAGAGAAGGGCAUCUACAGUCGAGGCCGAUUUGGUUCGUGGAGAUACGAGGUGGGCAACCAAGAUCACUCAUUCAUGCUGGGUGUGGAAGCCGUCGACAACAUCUUGAACGGCACAGUCGAGUUGACCUUGAACUAUCCCGAUUUCGUCAACGGACGGCAAAACACUGAACGAAGACUGGUGGACGGUGCUCAAGCCUUUGGCAAGCGUCCCGCUUAGGGUGUCGUGACCGGCCGAAGGAUGACAGGCGGCAAGACGGAGUUGGGCGGUCGAGUUGAGACCUCUGGAAAGGAGUCGUUGAAUGCCAGCGGUGGAACUGCGACUGCAGGCAAGGACGGAAAUUCGCGAGUCCUCAAUCGGAAUGGUAGAUAUAUUACUUGCAGCAUUGUACAGUCAUGAUAGACGGGUGUUGAGAUCUGGCGCCAAAAUACAGUCCACAGACCAUUGCAUAUCUUCUGCACAUAUGCGUCGAAUCAUUUGUCUGUGAUGGACGAGAAGAAACCUUCUAGCGACGAAAAACGGGUCAUCCAAAUGUGGGCGGCGAUGUUGAUGUUUGCGUCGAUUGGUCAUUCCAUCGGCAAUUGCAGAGACCGGGGGGACGAAAGAGGUCCAUAACCCUGGCGGGAUAGUUCCCAGACGUGGUUCUGGGUAGAUUAUCCGACCUUCAGCUCCUUUAUCGACCUUCGUCGGCUGGAGCCUGUUCUCUGAGCUUCGUCGUACAUCCAUGGAUAGUGGCCAGUAUAAAUCUCGGUGCCGUCGAUCUCAAGUGGUGAGCAUAUAUCGAUAAGACAGACCAUGAUCAUAGCAGCCAACAUUCAGCCAGAGGCUACUUUAUCU